AUCCCCCGGAAACGGCGCCGUUUCCCCUUCGCACGACCUCACGUCCUCCCGCGCUUCCGUCUCCGGGACGCGCAGGCUCCCGCUGCUGCCGCCUCCGCCGCCGCUGCUCGGAGGCGCCCGCCGGGCGGUGUCAUGAUGAGGAGCUUCUCAGAAACAGAAGUGGAUGAUGAGUGGAUAUGAAGAAAUCAUACAUUUAAGAAGUUGGCUCAAGUUUCCGUUACAGGCAUGGAAAGUUUCUGAGACCAAGCCAUGCAAGAAGAACACGAGUAAAGAAGAGGGUCAUGUAGACCCAGACUUUCUAGAAGGGAUUGCAGGAUUUGAGAGGAUGCUGCACAAAUGUCACAUAGUUUUCUUGCUUAUUCAUUUACCUGCACCCCUGAACUGUAAUGCUUUGCUUGCAUGUCUGUUUGGAAGUUGAAAAAUCCCCUCACAUCUGUGUCUUUAAUAUAAUCAUGGCUUCAAGCUUGUUUUAGGAAGAGCAGAACAUUGCUGUAGUUUUUAUUUGUGGAUGAGAUAGCUGCUGCUUUGUAUUUGAAAUCAAUUUGGGUCUUUUUUGUUGAAGCAUACAUUGAAUAUGGAAAAGCUCAGACCAUUACAAAAUAGGAAGUUAGGGGUUUUGCUUACGUUUAAUAAACAGCCUUUGCAUAGAAAGUAUGAUGACAGGUGCAUAGGUAAAAGAAAAAAAUAUAAUGCUAGCCCUCUAAUUUGAGUAACCUUUUAAUGUAUUGUUCUUACCAUGUCCUUAGAUGUCAGAAUCAAAUAUUAAUCAAUUUUAUCUUUUCUAUCUGACUGUUGGUCAGAAAAAUGUUCUAGAUAAAAUGUCCUACCAGGGUUGUGGGGUUAUAAAUGCAGAUUACUUAGUAUUGAGUUAGGAGAGAGGUUUUUUGGAGAGAGAGUUUUUUGAACAUCUUGGCUGUUCUGUGAAGUAUCUCAAAGGAAAUACUAACCAUGCAGUCCAACAACUUAAUGAUGCUGUGAAUAGACUUGAUUAUAGACAGAACAUCGCAGUCCUACUGGUUUGGAAGCAAAAUAUGGAAUGUGUUUCACUGCUGACCGAAGGCAGCCAAAUGAACAGUAUUUAUAGUAGUUUGAAAAUCAGCAGUUAGCAGUUUCUUCACAUUCUAACACUACCCAGCACUUUCCAGAGAGAACUCAUUGUUUACAAGAAAUCUGCUUUCCAAAUCCAUUGCGGUGCCCUCCAGCUUUGACUAUUAACUAUUUGCAAAGGGGAAUCUGAUCUACAGUUUGGGAAAAGAUGGCAAUGGAUGAGUACCUGUGGAUGGUCAUUGUGGGUUUUAUCAUUGCUUUUAUUUUAGCUUUUUCGGUUGGUGCGAAUGAUGUUGCAAAUUCUUUUGGAACGGCUGUGGGCUCUGGUGUUGUUACUUUACGCCAGGCUUGCAUUUUGGCUUCGGUUUUUGAAACCACUGGCUCAGUACUGCUGGGAGCAAAAGUAGGAGAAACAAUUCGGAAAGGUAUCAUUGAUGUUAACCUGUACAACAACACUGUCCCACUGCUGAUGGCAGGAGAAGUGAGUGCAAUGGUUGGUUCUGCUGUUUGGCAGCUAAUUGCAUCGUUCUUGAAACUCCCAAUAUCAGGCACCCAUUGCAUUGUAGGUGCUACAAUUGGAUUUUCUCUGGUGGCAAUUGGCAUGCAGGGUGUCAGGUGGAUUCAGCUUGUCAAGAUUGUUGCCUCUUGGUUUAUUUCUCCACUGUUAUCUGGUUUGAUGUCUGGAAUCCUCUUUGUGCUGAUCAGAUUUUUCAUUUUAAACAAGGAAGACCCUGUGCCCAAUGGUCUCCGUGCACUCCCGGUGUUUUAUGCUGCUACCAUAGCUAUUAACGUGUUUUCCAUCAUGUACACCGGGGCACCAGUACUGGGACUGAUAUUGCCGAUGUGGGCCAUUGCUCUAAUAUCAGUUGGUGUGUCCUUAGUAUUUGCUGUCUUAGUCUGGAUUUUUGUGUGUCCCUGGAUGAAGAGAAAAAUAGAAAGCCAGUUAAAGAAAGAUGCUGCACUGUCAAGGAUAUCAGAUGAAAGUCUUGAUAAAAUUCAGGAUGAAGAAACACCAGUCUUUAAAGAGCUUCCUGGUGCCAAAGCAUCUGAUGAGAGCACGAUUCCCCUUACUGGCUCAGUAACAGAAGCUGCUGGGGCAUCAGAUAAUAUUGCAAAUGGAAACCAUCCAUGUGUACCAUACGGAAGGGCAUUUUCGGUGACGCACACCUCGGUGAAAUCACCUGUUUCCAAUGGCACCUUCAGCUUCGAUGGCCACGUGAGGAGCGAUGGCCACAUUUAUCACACUGUGCACAAGGACUCAGGUUUAUACAAAGACUUGCUCCACAAAAUACACCUGGACAGGGCCAACGAUGAGAGGCCCACUGCAGAAAACAACUACAAACUCUUACGGCGCAACAACAGCUACACUUGUUACACUGCUGCUAUUUGUGGCAUGCCUGUGCAUUCCUCCUUUAAGGCAGUGGAUACAUCUACACCAGAAGACAGUGAGAAGCUGGUAGGAGACACUGUUUCUUACUCCAAGAAGCGAGUCCGCUACGACAGCUACUCCAGCUAUUGCAACGCAGUGGCUGAGGCAGAGAUUGAGGUGGAGGAAGGUGGGGUGGAAAUGAAGUUGACCUCUGAACUCGCAGAUCCUAACCGGCCUCCCGUUGAUCCUGUGGAAGAGGAUAAGGAAGAGAAAGACACCUCUCAGGUCCAUCUACUUUUCCACUUCCUCCAGAUCUUAACAGCCUGCUUUGGAUCUUUUGCCCAUGGUGGCAAUGAUGUCAGCAAUGCCAUUGGUCCCCUCGUUGCGCUCUGGCUUAUCUAUGAGCAAAGUGCUGUAAUGCAGGAAGCAUCGACUCCCAUCUGGCUGCUGUUCUAUGGAGGUGUUGGGAUCUGUGUGGGUCUCUGGGUCUGGGGAAGAAGAGUUAUCCAGACUAUGGGUAAAGACCUCACUCCAAUCACACCAUCAAGUGGAUUCACUAUUGAGUUGGCUUCGGCGUUCACAGUUGUGGUAGCUUCCAAUGUUGGACUUCCUGUCAGUACUACACACUGCAAGGUUGGCUCCGUGGUGGCCAUUGGCUGGAUCCGCUCCAAGAAAGCCGUUGACUGGCGCCUUUUCCGCAACAUCUUCCUGGCGUGGUUUGUGACUGUGCCAGUGGCUGGCUUGUUCAGCGCUGGGGUGAUGGCACUGCUGAUGUACGGGAUCCUGCCUUACAUUUGAGGAGCUUCCUCUGCCAGCAAAAAGGGGAAAUGGCCAAGCUACUACCAAUGGGAGAAGUGUUCCUGUGAAGGAGGCAGUCAGAGAGAAGCCAUCUUCCAUACCUCUUAUCUACUGUACAUAACAAUGUGUCAUAUUGGUGACAUGGUGAUGUGGUGCCAUUUCUUAUAUAUUAAAGAAAUAUAUAUGCAUAUAGUAGGCAACAAUACCUAAGUUAUAUAAUCAGUGGGGUGAAAAUAAUUGCCUAGAACUUAAUAUUUAGUAAAAUUUGUACAUAGUGUAUCAUUUUGGUGGCUAUUUUUUAAUCUUUUGAAGAAGAGUAUGGAUUAGGAAAUGUUUCUUGUCCAUUUGAUAUAAGAAGAAGUGAGGUUCAGGACUGCAUAAUACAUGAAUUUUUUAAAGCUAUUAAGAUACUGGAACAAAAUAAAAUGUGCAGAAGUGCUUUUCAUAAAAUAACUUUGUUCAUAUCAUACUGAUUUUUGUGUAUCAUAGCAUGAUGGUUAUGGCUGUGUAAAUACUUAUGAACAGUAACUUUUAAAUGGUGCAUUUCCCUUAUAUAUUUUGGAUAAGAAAGUUUAGGACGUACCAAAGAAGCAGGGGAAUAGCUUGCCUAUAUUAUGUUGUCUCCAUAUAUGUUGUGUUUUCCCACCUCUGAUUCAACAUUGUUUUCAUCAAGCUCCAGCCAGUGAGGCUGGGAUAGUACUGUUCAUGUCUUAAUGUAACUUUAAGAAAAAAAGUGCACACAAAAAUUUAGUUCUCGUGACGUAGUAGGCAGCCCAUGGCUCUCCACAUUAGCUGAUAGUAGACUGACUUCAUUUUGUGGGUUGAUACUUGAGUAUCUCACUGCUCACCUUCUACCUUUCCCCUCCAAGUCUCAGCUCCCGGUUGCCCUGCUCUCGAUUCCUGUGGGAGGACAGACCAUCAGCCUCCCCUCCUUUUCUCCCUCCAGACACAAGCACACACUCUCAGGUACAGGAGUGGGGCUGUGGGGCGCACGGCACCCCCACAUACAGAAGUGAAGGGCAACAGCGGGCGGGAAAGGGCUCAGCCCUGGAUUUGUGCUUGGAGGUAAUGGGCGCCCACGGGAGCGCUGAUCCAUGCAGGGGAGGACGUGAGCAGGUGCUGCCUACCCCCUGGCAAGUCCCAUCCCAGCCACAGCCAGCCAGCCUUCUGCUGUACUGCCUACAGCAAGGAGGGGAUGGGAGCUUGGCCCUGUGUGGAUGCAGGUUGAAUGGUAAACAGCAUUUGGGAUGAGAUUUUUUUCACGGCAGCUCAGGGGAAAAUGGCCAGCUCUACAUCCCCUGCAUGCCUCUGGAAAGCACAUUUGAGUGAAGGUUACUGAUUUGUGGGUGGGAGGCAAAGGGCAAGGGGUGCCUAGAGGACGUUGGGAAUUGUUACCGUUUAAAUGCUGCUAAAAUUUUGAUAAAAUAUUCUUGGUACUCCAUUGUGAUUUUUCCAUUGGUCAUUCAUACCAAAUUUAUAAUAAAAAGAUAAACAGCCCCUCUA